CUAAUCUACUCCACGACAGCCAUUUUCCAGUGCUUACCUACGAAACGGAGUAAGGAAAACUGCUGUACGUCAAAUUCAGAUCGUAGAGAUGGCUGUGGUGCUUUGGGUAAUGCUGUUGAACACUAUGGUGACGUGGGCAGGCAAGCCCCAAGCGAUUUUGGGACUUCAGCAUCGCUUACUGAAGACUAGUAACAAUCUCAGAAUGGACAGAGAUGGCGUGUAUGGAGAUGGAGCGUUUGGGAUGAACUAUAUCCUGCCUUGGUGGACGCAGAAUCACAACGAAAGACACCCUCCCGUAACUGUCAAGCCUCGCUCAGCAUGGAGGAAUGUGGCUUUGUCAGUGCCAGUAGGUGUUAUGGCCAGUAACAACGACAAAAAGAAAAAAAUGAGGCAUUAUGAACAUGUGAAACGAGAGCCAGAGACCAUUAUUUUUAAUGAAUACAAUGUUGUAUUAGUCAUAUUGUACUUGUAUGAGUGUUUGUAUGAGAAAAUAAGUAUAUUAAAUGAGCUGCUGCUUGAACUGGAUAAUGCUUUGUCUGCAGAGAGCAUUGCCUUAAAGAGAACUAUAGGAAGCUGUUCCGAGCUUUUAUACUCCAGAAAACAGUCUGGUUACUACACUAUAUAUCUAGACGACGGCAUGACGCGACCAGUCACCGUGUACUGCGACAUGGAGACAAGAGGCGGAGGGUGGAUGGUGGUGCAGCGUCGCCGUAAACGUAUCGAGAAACAUGUCAAUUUCAUUAGGGGAUGGAAUUCUUAUAAAUUGGGCUUCGGCAAUCCAAAAACUGAGUUCUGGCUUGGAUUAGAAAAUUUGUAUAUUCUUACUAAUCGGCAAAAGUAUGAAUUACGAAUAGAUCUCAAAAGCGAGGAUGGCAAAACUGCCUUUGCCCAAUACAGCAACUUUUACGUAGACGGGGAGGAUGAGGACUAUCGCCUGCACGUCUCAGGAUUCAUGGGAACUGCUGGCGAUGCAUUCGGAGGAAAAUAUGGCAACACUGAAGACGGAGGAGACGUAUCAAGAGGAGUACCGUUCACCACAAUGGACCGUGAUCGCUCAUCGGGAAACUGCACCUCGAAGUAUUACGGUGGAUGGUGGUACUUGAACUGUGGAUGGAACAGAUUGAACUCUCCUCACCUUUCAGCAACAGAACAUUAUAGUCAAGGAAUGAAAUGGUCCACCUUUACCACAAAAAUCAUCGAAGAUUCCACUAUGAUGAUCAGACCGGUAGCAAACAGUGACACCUACAUGGAAGUCUCUACUCCUACAUGCGCGCGGGAAAGUAUCAGAAUGACCACCGCAAGUUUUUGGACACUGUAAUCUCGUUUAACUAUAGUUUAGACUAUUGUUUCUUUUAGCCACAAGGAAUUAUUGGUGCAAUAUGGUAAAAUGUCACAAGGGUUUUUGAUGCAAGAGAAUAAAGUUUGUAAUUCUGAAUAUACUUAAAGUUGAUUUUAAGAUAAAUAUAUAUGAUAAUAUGUUUGGCUCUAUAGAGUAUAUUUAUUCUUAUCAAAUAUCAUGAAUUGCAUGUAUUUCUCUAGGACUUAUAAGCUUUACACCUCAAUACAAUAAGUGAUACUGUUGUUGAUAAAAAUGUUGUUGAUCCUUUUUACAAUACUUGUAGAGAGCCUGCUUUGGCUGUAACAGUCUCGUCUUUGACGAAAUUUUAAUUGAAGCUUGAAUUAGUACAUUGUAUCUCAGCGACCAUCCUUUUUUCCAAGAAUUACCAAGUUUUUUUGUUACUGCUCUUGGGAUAAAAAGAGAAAAAAACACUACUUUACUUAUAUUCCAUAUUCAAAACAUCCCUGAACAUAUUAAUUCAUUAUUUUGAAACAUGAAAAAUAAAGGUCCUUUUUUUCAAAUUCACCCCUGAGAUUCCCGCCCCUCCAGUCAUAAUAAGACGUUAAUAAUUCUAUUAAAAUUUUGUUGAAGGCGAACCUGAUACAGCCAAAGCAAGUACUUUGUAAAUAUUGUAAUAGAAAAAAAUGAAGGAGCCCAGUCUUCCUUCUUAUUUUACCGUGAUUUCAUAGAAAAAAAAUUUUGAUGAGGACGACUUUCUACUUCAUCAUUUAUUUUGUCAUAUUUAUAAAGAAAUAAGGCAACGAAAAAAUUUUUUUUUUUUUUUUAUUGAUAGUAACACAUUGUAUUGAAGUAUAAUCACUUUAAGUCCCUGAAAAAUACAUGCAAUUUACAAAAGAAUAAUGCACACUCUGUACACAAAGAUCUGUUCGCUGGCAACACUCUCUGACCUGCAGCUCUGAAUAUAUUCAUUAUGAGAAACUUUUGUUGUUGAAACUGAAAGGAGUUUUCUUCAGUGUUUCAAGGUUCCCAGUAAGUCUUUCGGAGCCUCACUCACUUGACCACUAAAGAACAACACAC